AUGGCUGACAUCGCCUCACUCAAAGCUCUUAUGCUACUUGCUCGAUCCCAAUCUACGACAAUUCACUUCUUUUUAGAAACAUCUUACGGCUUGGUGUUAGAGUACCAAUCCGGCAAACAGCUGUGCCUCCGCCUUAAAGAUUCUACAACAGCAUCAAAUACGCAACUACCAACUCAGUCUCGUUCAGAAGGUCUGGAAUACGAGGCCUCGUCCGGAUCUAAGCCGCUAGACUAUGGGACCUCCGCCUUGUGGUAUCGUCCAAAAUGGCCUGGUAACCCCGAGAGCGAGUUUCACAUUGACCUGCGGAGUCUAAAAUAUCGAUAUUCCCCUGCUUGGAUUGAGGCCUUUGAAAAGUGGGAAAGGCGAUGGACGGAAGCUUUCAAGGCCCAGGAGUGUCAUCUCGGCUCUUACAAGGAGCCGUUUCCGGAUCUAGAGGAGCGGAAGACUUGGUUCGUAGAGGGUGCGCUUCUGGCGGCCUGGCUUGCACUGCAGGAUGAUGUUGACCAGGUGGCUUACGAUCCGGAUGACGGAAUAUUUGAGCUGCGGCACGAUGGCCUGGAGGAGAAUUUGGCAGGGAUGCUUUACGAUUUGACCGCUGGUUUGAAGAUUAAAGAGGACUCGGACUCCGACUAG